UUCAUAGAAGUGCCGCUCCGCGUCUCCUCCUCAGAUUAAAAUUGGAUUUUGUCAACGCACCGAACAGUCUGUCACCAACUCACCUGAAACCAGCCCAGAUCCUUACAGGGCUCCUCUGGACCCGGUCCCGGUCUGAUUCUGGGAUUCAGCACGACUUGGCUGGACUGGACAUCUGAGCCAACCUCUGGAGAAUUAACCUGGGGGGUAAAGCCACAGGAGGACAGGGCAGACAUGACGGACGCCGCCAGUUGCGAGUUUGAAAUCGACGUGGAGAGCCUGGAGACCGAGAGCGACGACACGGUGGACUGUUCGAGCCGCCCGGGCUCGGCACCGCUCGGUCCGUCCGUCGCUUCGGCCUCAGAGGAGGACGCGGACAGCGGCAAGGCGGAAGACGGGAAGCCGGGCCCCAGCGGCCUGAGCUCCGGCGACCAGAGGAAGCUGAGCCGGACCCCGAAAUGCGCCCGCUGUCGCAACCACGGAGUGGUGUCCUGCCUGAAGGGACACAAGCGCUUCUGCCGCUGGAGGGACUGUCAGUGCGCCAACUGCCUGCUGGUGGUGGAGAGGCAGCGGGUGAUGGCGGCGCAGGUCGCGCUGAGGAGGCAGCAGGCCACCGAGGAUAAGAAAGGGAUAUCUGGGAAACAGAUUCCGGCAGAGAGGAGGACAAUAUAUCAACGACACAUUCGACCAUCCACCAUGCUGGCUAAAAGCAUCUUAGAAGGAUACCGUCCGGUGCAGUCGGACUCAUUUCUUGCAGCCAACCCAUCCCUGCCUCCUCCGCUGAGUGAUCGCAUGAGGAAGAGAAGGGCCUUUGCAGACAAGGAACUGGAAACCAUCAUGCUGGAACGCGAGUACAAAGAGCGAGAGCUGAUGGACAGCCAGUCCGCUUCACUUCUUUUCCCCAACAGCAUGGUCCACCACGCGGCCGAGUACAACUCAUACAAGACGGCCUACUCGCCCACAGCACCUGCCGAGUCGCAGUCCAAAGAACUCUGCAACUUCCUGGCUCCCAAUUGCCUGGACCUGCCCAUGCAGUAUCCUACUGGAUCAGCCAAUGUGGAGCUGAUCUCAUCCAAUGUGAGCGUCGCCACCACCUACCGCCACUACCCUCUGCAGCCAUCACGGGGAGGCUUCAUGAUGUGGCCCCGUGGUGCUGCCAACCUGGGUGAUGCCCUGCUAUACCAGCAGUGUCUGUUCAAUGCUACAGCAGUCCAGAACAUGAAGCCUGGAGCAGUGUGGGAGCCCAAGAUGAUGCCUGCCGAGAGUCAGCCACCGGAACAGGACGCAGCUGCUGCUCUGGUCUCAAAGCUGGAAGGGUCCCGAGCCGCUGCCGCCGCUGUGCUACAGGACUCUUCUUCAGAGCUCAAACAUCCUGGUUCUGUCGUCAGUCAGGGGAGGCAAAGGGAGUGUUCGGCCUUCUCCCCCCCUAAGAAGAGCUUCGGACAGGCAUUCUCACACAACAGCUCCCAAAACUCCAGCCAAGUUCUGAACAAGCUGAGCAAGGACAAGCAGAAACUGGGCUCCUUUCACUCUUUGAUCCAACACUCGCUGAGUGAAAAAGGCAACGGCGACAGUUCUCCGUACUGCAAAGAGCUGUUAGAAGAGGCAGCCCGUAAAUUCAGGGAAGGCUCUGCCAAAGACAUUCAGAGUGUUAAAAUCACAGACAGGUAUGCCAAAGACUUCCUGUCAAAGCCUGCUGUGACAAAGAUGGCCUCUAGCGAGUCCCUGUCCUUCUCGGUGGAAGCUAUUCUGAAAAGACCCACACCUGCCAUGAGCCGAGCAUUCCAUUAACUUCUGUUACUCUGUUGCACGAUGGCAGGGUAGGACCUCUCCAAAUCAACACAUAGGCACUAACUGCACCAGAAAUGAUUUUCCACAGUCUAAUAUUAAUGUACAGUAUAUAUUAUAUUUUACAUGUGCAUGUUUAUUAACUUUAUUGUUGAGAGUAUUUAAACAUUAUCCCAAUGAUUUUCUCAUGUCAAUAAACUUUUUAAGACUGAA